AUGGCUACCUCGUUGAUUUCGAAGCGAUUGCGCUCCACUGAGGAGACUCAGGAUGCGGAGCCCAGUUGGAUUCGUCGCCAGAUCACCUCUGGGCUGCAAGCCAUCUCGAGUCGCGCCUGCGUACACCCCAUCCACACCAUUGUGGUAAUUGCGCUGCUUGCCAGUACCACCUACGUGGGGCUCCUGGAAGGCAGUCUUUUGGAUACCAAGAACUCUCGGAAUGUUGCUGGUCAGGUGGACAUUGAUGCUCUGCUCCAGGGCAGUCGGAGUUUGCGAUUGGGUGAGUCAACCUCGUGGAAGUGGCAAGCGGAGGACACCUGGGUGAACUCGGAGGAUAUCAACGAGCCCGCUGUGAACCACUUGGCCCUGUCGACCUUCAUUUUCCCUGAUUCUACCUCCGAAUCUGCUCCGUCCGCCGUCAAUGUCCCGGUCCCCGCCAAUGUCUCUGCCUACCCGGUCCCUUACACCCCCAACCUCUUCACGGCAUUUUCCCACGACUCGGCUCUCGCCUACACCGUUCCUUUUGACCAAGUUGAGGACCUCCUGAAGUCCGUUCAGGAGAUUGAGGACCCGUCUGCCAAUGGUGCGGAAGCUGAGCCCAAGAAAUGGAUCAUGAAAGCCGCUCGUGGUGCUGCGGGUUCCCGCACCGCCUUCAUGCUGUGGCUCUCUGAUGCAUGGACCUCUUUUGUGGAUCUCAUUAAGCAUGCGGAGACCAUUGACAUCGUGAUCAUGACCCUCGGAUACAUCUCGAUGCACCUGAGCUUUUUGUCGCUCUUCUUCUCCAUGAGACGUCUAGGCUCCAACUUUUGGCUCGGUGCUACUGUGCUCAUCUCUGGAUCCUUUGCCUUCCUCUUUGGUCUUUUGGUGACCACCAAACUCGGUGUGCCAAUCAACCUCCUUUUGCUCUCCGAGGGCCUUCCCUUCCUGGUCGUGACCAUUGGUUUUGAGAAGCCGAUCAUGUUCACCCGCGCCGUUCUCAAGGCCUCGGUGGAUAGCCGUCGCCCAGGUCCGGGUGCCGCUCCUCGGCCAUUGUCUUCUAGCACUCCUGGUUCCAUCCAGGACUCGAUUGCUACUGCCAUCAAAUUGCAAGGUUUCGAGAUUAUCCAGCACUACUGCAUUGAGAUUGGUCUCUUGGCUCUGGGUGCCGCGUCUGGCGUGCAGGGUGGCCUCCAGCAAUUCUGCUUCCUGGCCGCUUGGAUUCUGUUCUUUGACUGUGUGCUGCUCUUCACCUUCUACACCACUAUUCUCUGCAUCAAGCUUGAGAUCACCCGCAUUCGGCGCCAUGUCGCUCUGCGCAAGGCCUUGGAGGAAGAUGGCAUCACUCACAGCGUCGCUGAGAGCGUUGCAUCCAGCAACGAUUGGCCCAACGUGGGCUCGACCGGCACUGAUGCGGAUACCAGCAUCUUUGGUCGUAAGAUCAAGUCGAGCAAUGUUCGUCGGUUCAAGAUUCUCAUGGUUGGUGGUCUGAUCCUAAUCAAUGUGGUGAAUCUGUCCGCCAUUCCUUUCCGCAACACUGGUAACGGCGCCCUGAUCUCUCGUCUGUCGAACUUUAUGGCCCCUACUCCCAUCGACCCCUUCAAGGUCGCUGAGAACGGUCUGGAUGCUGUUUACGUUACUGCCAAGAGCCAGAGACAGGAGACUAUGGUGACAAUUCUUUCGCCCAUCAAGUACAAGCUGGAGUACCCCUCUGUCCACUAUGCGGGCGAGGAGACCGGCGCUUUCGAUAUUGAGUACAGCGAGCAGUUCCUUGACACCGUUGGUGGCAAGGUUCUCGAGAGCCUGCUUAAGAGCGUGGAGGACCCAUUCAUUAGCAAGUGGAUUAUUGCUGCUUUGACUCUGAGCAUCAUUCUCAAUGGAUACCUGUUCAAUGCUGCCCGCUGGAGCAUCAAGGAGCCCGAGCCGGCUCCCGCUCCCCAGCCCGCCGCUCCCAAGGUCUACCCCAAGUUUGAGCCUAAUGAGCAGGAGUCUACCCGCACUGCAUCGGAAUGUGAAUUGAUGUUGAAGGAGAAGCGUGCUCCCCAUCUCACCGACAACGAAUUGAUCGACCUAUCCCUGCGUGGCAAGCUCCCAGGAUAUGCCUUGGAGAAGAGCAUGGAGGAUGAGAACUUGAUGAGCCGCGUGGAUGCUUUCACUCGUGCCGUCAAGAUUCGCCGCGCUGUUGUCUCUCGCACCCCCGCUACCUCCCAGAUUACGGGUUCUCUGGAGCACUCCAAGCUUCCGUACAAAGAUUACAACUAUGGUCUGGUCCACGGUGCCUGCUGUGAAAACGUUAUUGGUUACCUGCCUCUUCCUCUUGGUGUUGCUGGCCCGAUCAAGAUUGAUGGCCAGAACUACUUCAUCCCCAUGGCCACUACCGAAGGUGUGUUGGUCGCCUCUACCAGCCGUGGUUCCAAGGCCAUCAACGCUGGUGGAGGUGCCGUGACUGUGUUGACCGGUGAUGGUAUGACUCGUGGUCCUUGCGUGAGCUUCCCGACCUUGGCUCGGGCUGCCGCCGCUAAGGUUUGGAUCGACUCGGAAGAAGGCCGUAGCAUCAUCUUUUCGGCUUUCAACUCGACCAGUCGUUUCGCUCGUCUUCAGACCCUGAAGACUGCUCUUGCCGGUACCUACCUCUACAUCCGUUUCAAGACCACCACUGGUGACGCUAUGGGUAUGAACAUGAUUUCCAAGGGCUGUGAGAAGGCUCUCGAUGUUAUGUCCAAGGAGUGCGGCUUCGAUGACAUGUCCAUUAUCUCCCUGUCUGGUAACUUUUGUACCGAUAAGAAGGCUGCCGCUAUCAACUGGACCGAUGGCCGUGGUAAGUCGGUUGUGGCUGAGGCUAUCAUCCCUGGAGAUGUUGUCAAGAGCGUUCUGAAGAGCGAUGUCAAUGCUCUAGUCGAGCUGAACGUCAGCAAGAACCUGAUUGGAAGUGCUAUGGCUGGUUCUCUGGGUGGUUUCAACGCCCACGCCUCCAACAUUGUCGCUGCCAUUUUCCUGGCUACUGGCCAAGAUCCUGCUCAGGUUGUUGAGAGCAGCAGUUGUAUUACGACCAUGAAGAACAACAACGGUGACCUCCAGAUCGCUGUUUCGAUGCCUUGUAUUGAGGUGGGUACCAUCGGUGGUGGUACUAUCCUUGAAGCCCAGGGUGCCAUGCUCGACCUGCUUGGCGUUCGUGGAGCUCACCCCACCAACCCCGGUGAGAACGCCCGCCAGCUGUCUCGCAUCAUCGCCGCCUCCGUUCUCGCCGGUGAGCUCAGUCUGUGCUCUGCGCUCGCCGCUGGACACCUUGUCAGGGCCCACAUGGCCCAUAACCGCAGUGCGGCCCCAACUCGGUCGUCGACUCCCGUGUCGGCCGCCGUGGGAGCUGCCCGCGGUCUCUCUAUGACCUCCAAAUAA